GAUAAACUAGGGGCAUUGAACAAAGGUUGACUGCGUUGGCCGAGGAGUCGGCGGCGCAUUCACGACUUAAACAUGGCAGCGGCUACCAGCGUUGUCGUGCUCGACAGGGGCAACAAUACCACCUGCACGAUUAAUUUACACGGAGCUACCGUGGUAUCCUGGAGAGUAAAUAACCAAGAACAGCUAUUCGUCAGUAAGCAAGCGGUAUUCGAUGGGAAGAAAGCUAUUAGGGGAGGCAUCCCAUUUGUUUUUCCACAAUUUGGAGCAUGGACAUUUGGACCGCCUCACGGGUUUGCUAGAAUUGUUCGUUGGAACGUAGAAAAGUCCCCUGAACGUUUGCCGAGUGGUGAUGUUGAGGCGAUUUUCUCUAUUAUGGACAACGAAUUCACUCGAUCAAUGUGGAAUUACCCGUUUAAAUUAACCUACAGACUAAUUCUUCGGGAGAAGGAAUUACAUUUUAACAUUGGUGUAUACAAUCCUAGUAAAGAUCAUACGUUUAGUUUUAAUUUGUUACUACAUACCUACUUUAAAGUGCCAGAUGUUAGGAGAUGCCAGAUCACUGGCCUUCAUGGAUGCACGUUUAUCGAUAAGACGAGAGACAACCAAAUUUUUCAAGAAGGCCGCGACGUAGUAACUGUGUGCGAAUGGACAGAUAGGAUUUAUCAAAAUACACAACCAGAACACAUCAUUACGAAUGUCGUGUCCGGUAGGAAAAUGCGAGUACAAAAAUACAAUUUUCCUGAUACAGUGGUUUGGAAUCCGUGGCAGGAGAAGGCUCGUGAUAUACCAGAUUUUGGGGAUGACGAAUUCCCGAAUAUGAUAUGCGUGGAAAGUGGACACGUUAGCAGCCCUGUUAUAUUGCUUCCUGGGACAGCUUUCGAAGCCAGUCAAAUUUUACAGGUAAUGUGAGUAGAGGGUGGACCAACGUCGCAGGUAGCAGCCGGAAGUAAUACGAAUUCGUUAUUUCCGGUUUCCUCUGCACCAGGUACCGUUUGGCCAACUAGUACCGGAUGGUUAUAUAUGCCACCACCUCCUCCACCACCACCACCGCCGCCGCCACCACCACCAUCAACACCCUCAACACAUCCAUCGCGCUUACACGCUCAUUGCAUCGCUCAAACUUGCACUAUAUGUUCUCUUAAUCUUUAAAAUAAUAUUAUAAAAAAUAAUAUUGGAAAAAAUAUUGUUUCAUCUUGUU